GAAUUAGAACUUUAGAAGUGUCAAGCGUAGAGGCUCCCAAAGCAGCGCAGGGCUGUUUUUGCCAAACAGUGAUCUCGUCCCGCCUACAGUUGUCCUGAAAAAUGGUUCUCACUCUCAUCGCCAUUGUCGAGGGUUUGCCUUCAACCAAGCACAUUCCAACACUGCCGUUUUGUGUUCCGAUGCUUGUCGCCGUCCAGAGCCAGUCCGACUAUACAUCUUUGCAAAAUUGAUUAGACUUUUUAACCCUGCUUUUCAAGCUAAAUUCUCUAUUCUUCUCGAUUAUCUCCCUUCGUUCUUCUUUAAUAAAGGAGGGCCUCUCUCUCUCUCUCUCUCUCUCUAUCUCGUUCUCAGAAAAGUCUUCUUGUUCAUGUUUUCUUCCCCCAGCGUUUAAUCGCUGCAGAUACUCUUACUGGGAAUGGAGAGCGACAUGGAAGAAUCCUCAAUGAAGAAGGGUAUCAGAAAAAAGUCAGUCCCAGGCGACCAUGCCCGCAAGCAAUUGGAACAUCUCAAGGGACGGACAUAUGCAAUAACAGGAGAGGUGAAGUUUAUUCAAGAAGAAGACAUCCGGUUGGAGACAACACGAACUAGAUUGUCAAAUGUCCUCAAAAGGCAUGAAGAAUUGAAGGAGCGUCUUACUAGGGAUUCUGACAGGAUGAUUUUUGAGCGUCUACAGAAAGAAUUUGAAGCUGCUCGUGCUGCUCAAACUGAAGCUUGUUUUGCAGAAAUAUGUUUGGAUGGUGAACAAUGGAAUGAUGGGCUGUUAGCUACAAUUAGGGAGCGUGUUCACAUGGAAGCAGAUAGAAAAUCAAUGCCAGGGGAUACAAGCAUGUUACCAGAUCCUCAUUUCCAUGGGAAGACUACUUACAGAGUUGGAAAUAAGGUGAUCUGUUGUCUAGAAGGGGCAAGGAUUGGCAUACAAUAUGAGACUUUUUUUGCUGGAGAACCUUGUGAUUUAUACCACUGUGUGCUUGAGAGCAAAUCAUUUCUUGAAAAAAUGACUGUCAUUGAACACACAGUUCCUUUUUUUUUGCCAAUACGUGAAGCAGAAAAUGAUUUUCUCUCUUCCAAUGCAAUGAAAUUCAUCGAUUACAUUGGAGAACUUUUGCAGGCCUAUGUGGAUAGACGGGAACAGGUUCGUCUUAUUAAGGAAUUGUAUGGGAAUCAGAUUGGAGAGCUUUACCAUAGCCUUCCAUACCAUGUAAUUGAAUUUGUACUGGAUGAUUUUGAUUGCAAGGUCACCAUCAGUCUUAGAUAUGCAGAUCUUGGAUCUGUACUACCAACUCGAAUCAGAGUUUUAGCAUGGCCAGUGCAUCCAUCUAGAAGAGUUUCAAUAACAGGAACAACAAACAAGAAAGGAAAUGUAGCAUUGGGGACACAGCCAGUUCCAGCUCGCCUAUCUUAUGCUGAGGAUGCUUUACGAACCAUGAGCUUGCCCGAAGCCUAUGCAGAGAUUGUGUUAAACUUGCCGCGGGCCCUUCAACAAAUAUUUCAGAAUCUAGCAACUGCAUAGAAUCUUGUUUGUUUAUUCUUGAGCACUUUGUUCUAUGAAAGGUUGUGCUAGCGGCUUUGCAGUUGUUUCAGUCUCAACUAAUAUUUGAUCCGUAUAGGCUUGAAUAGCUCCCAUCGAGAACUUUCCACCUGAAAAGGUUUGCAAGAAGGUUACGUUAUUGUCCCUAUUGAUGAUUGUAAAAUCAUUCUGUUGCCCAAAACAGCAAAAGUUGGGAAUUUUUAAGUCUAUUAUUUGUUCUUCCAUCACUAGGCAAAAUAUGUCAGUUGACCACAUUGUACAAUGAUUAUGUGCAGUUUUAUAAUGUAUAUUUAUGAAAAUCAGAGUUGACGAAUGAACUGUCCUUUUUCAGCA